AUGACUCUGGUCAGACCAAGAAGGAAGGCUACGAUCAAUAUGUCGUAUAACGAUACCUUAGAAGAAUUUCCCCUUGAAGAAGCUAACAGCAAGGUAACUCCUUCUGUAGAUCUUAAGAAGGCUUCUUCAAAAAGGUCACUGAUCAUAGCGAGUUCUAAAGCAACUGAUUCGAAGGCUGUAGCUGAAGUUCCAAGCAUACCAUAUAAUUAUCAAAUGCCUCCAGCUCCAGGAGAUUAUUUUUCAAAUAGAUUGGACUUAACAGAUGCAUAUAUUAAUCUAAAGACUCAAAUGCUAUACUGUCCUUAUCAAGAACCAGCAGUGUCAACACAAUCAAAAAGGAAAAGUAAGCAGAAAGACAUUUUUACGCUAAGCAAAGGUGAUUAUAUAUAUAUGGUAAGCGAGCCGCCUGGUGAACCAUACUACAUAGGAAGAAUAAUGGGAUUUAAGGAGAAAUCGUCUUUUAAAUCCCCAUUACCAGAAGAAAAGUCACAGACAGUAAAUGAACAAGCCGAAUUAGUUGAUGCCAGUAAAUAUCAAUUUCAAAUGCAAUGGUUUUACAGACCUAGAGAUAUUUCAAAAUCUACAAGCGAUUCAAGAGUAUUAUUUGCUUCAAUGCAUACUGAUACUUGCCCUAUGGCAAGUUUCCGUGGUUUGGUAACUGUCAAGCAUAAGCAAGAUAUUGAAGAUGAAAGUCAAUAUGCGGCUUCAAGUUUAAAAGCUAACAAACCACAAAAUCAAAAGAAAUCUGCUUCACCUGGACAUUCCUCAACAGCAAUCGAUUUAUACAUUCAGAAUCCCAACUGCUUCUACUUCGAUAAAUUGUUUGAUAGAUAUAUGAUCAAGUUUUAUGAUAUUUUGCUGACUUCCAACUUGUUACAGUAUGCAGUUAAAGACAACAAUACUAGUCGCAACUUUUUAACAGCAUUGAAUAAAAGAUUCGAAUAUAUAUUUGUGGAAAGUCAACGAACCAAAUCCUUCAUAAAUACAUUUAGUUCGAAUUCGUGUAACUGUGAGAAGUGUGGUCAAUGGUGUGGUUCAACACAAGAUUCGAUUACAUGUGCUGUUUGUAAUGACUAUUAUCAUAUGUACUGUUUAGAACCACCAUUACUCAAGAAACCUAGCAGAGGCUUUUCGUGGUCUUGUGCUGUAUGUACAAAGAAAUACGAAAUUGAAUACCAUAAGAAGAAAAUGCUAAUGUUGUCUCAUGACAAUAAAUCAUCUAAUGAAGAUCAACUACAUGAAGAAUUGUCUGUUUUAAGUUCCUUUGAAGCGCAACAAGCUGAUGAAUUUCCAGUAUCAUCUCAGACUGAAGAAGAUAGUGAAACUGAGACUCCAUUGGAGACCUUGCCUAAGUAUGAAUCAAUGGCAGUUGAAUUCCUUGAGAAAGACAGCACAUCGACUUUUGAAGAGAGGAGAAUAAAGGAAGAAUGGCCUAUGAGAUAUUUAGGUAUGCAUGCAAGAUUGGAAGAUGCUGUUGAUUUAGACGAUAGAUCUCCAUAUCCAAGAGCAGCUACUAGAUUGGGAGCCAAACAUCAAGCUACCAAUAUCCCUGAAUUUUAUGAUCAUCCAAUUGUGUACUAUGACCUUGACAAGCAAACUAGUAAUGGAAAGAAAAAGACCAAUGGCGGGUUUAAAUCAAAAUUAUCAAAAGAGAAGGCAAACGAAGUCGAUAACAUAAAGAAGCUUGAAAUUCCAGAUGAAUAUAAGGAUUUAAAUAAAAGAGAUUUCCCACAGUGGUUACAGCCUCGACCAAAAGGAUAUCUUGAAAGGGGUGUCGAUGAUGGUGAAGGAGUAACAUGCACUUCUCUUUGGAAAUCUUCCGAAUCUGAUAUUGAAGAUGAUUUCAAAGUAUUGGAUAGAUUGCUUGAGGAUAGUAAAUCUAUAGCUGAAAAGAUUGGUAUAUUACCAACUUCGCCAAAUUUUAUGGAUGCAGUGGUUUAUAGUUAUAUGGAAUCUGGUUAUGAUGCAGAUGCAGCUCUCAAGAAAAUAGCAAAAUUAAAUAAGAAAUUGUUGAAGGAGCCUACAUUCUCCAAGGAUGAAAUUAAAAGAUUUGAAAGUGGUAUUAAAGAGUUUGGUAGUGAAUUAUAUCCUGUUUAUAAACGAAACGGGAUCUCCUUGGAAUUAAAUUCUGUUACAGCUCUUUGUUUUAGAUGUGCUAAAUUAUGGAGGAGAUAUGCAGUCAUUUGGGAAGAUCCCAAUGAGGUUGAAGGUAAGAAUAGUAAACUGAUCGGCUGGAAGAAAAAGGUAGAACCUGAGUUAUUGGAAGAUUCCAAAGCAGUUAUGAGAGAAGCUGAAAGGCUUGGAGCAAUAAUUUCUUAUGAUAAGGGUGAUAGUGCCAAGAUUCAGAAGAAAGAAUCUUCGGUAUCUGCUCCAGACACUCCUAAUAAGAGGAUGCCAAGUGCUGAAAGUAGUGUAGAGCCUGUUCUUAAGAAGAAGAAAGUUAACAACGUAACACAAAACGAUACUGCAAAAAGUAAGAAGGUUACUAUCAAGACGGAAAACAAUAUACCUAUCAAACAAUCGAGGUCUAAGAAGGUGGCUGUUGUAAAGCCUAUCAUUGAAAACACUAUUGCUAAACCAAAACCUAUUAAGAGGAAAAUUGAAGAUGAAGUUAUAUCGAGUUUCAACAAGAGUUCUGAAAAUGGUUCCAUGUCACUGACAAAGAAAGUCAAGAAAAUUACUGGUUCGGUUCAUGAUAUACCAUUCCCCAUCACCAAUAGCGGCUACAGUCUUAUAAAUCUUCCAAGUGUUGAACGAAGUAAAGAUUUGAACGAUGGGAUAUUACGUAACUUGCUCGAUAAUUUCAGGAUCAGACAGGUAUCCAAUAUGCAAUCUCAGUUUUCACCUUUACAUGUACCGGCACAAAGUACUGUAUCGGUUCCAUUCAAUCCAAAUGAAAGAAAAUGUAGCAUCUGCAGAGAACACGAUAUCAAUUCAAAAUCAAGUCUUGAGAUGCUCAUUUGUUCGACUUGUGGUGUUAAUAUUCAUGCAUCUUGUGCUGGAAUUCAAAUAAGUGAGAAAAUCACUUCUCCAGCAAAAGAGUGGCUCUGUGAAGUUUGCAUUAAUGACACUCUUCCACAUAACUCAACCAUUUAUUCAUGUUCACUUUGUUUUGCUAAUGAAUCCAAUUAUGAACUUUCAUUCCUAGGGUCCACUUUAGUUCGUCCAGAUUUCCUAAAACCAAUCAACGCAUCAACUAAAUGGUGCCAUGUCUUGUGUGCUAUAUUCAAUCAUGGUUUAGUGGCCCGCAAAGGAAGCUUCGCCAACCCAAGCAAUUCGAUUUCCUUCAGGCAAGGUAAAUCAGAUAUUGCUUUUGAUGAUUCACAACUUUCGAAUAAUUUGAAGUUCGAAGAGGUAGCAGACACUUUUCUCAGGGGGUAUCACUCUACUUGUGGUAUUUGUUCAUCAAGGAAUGGAUCGGUAAUUUCUUGUGAAAUGUGUGAUUCUGAAACCAAAUAUCAUAUAACUUGUGCUCAAGAUACUCCAAAUUUUAAGUUAGGAUUCGGUUUAGAUCAUCAACCAUUAAAAGAAAAGGAUGCUUGUCUUAUUGAUGUGAAUAAUUCCUUUGGUAUCCUAAAGCCAAUUUUGAUAUGUCCAAAACAUGAUCAAACUUCGUCUACUAUUUUUGGUAUGCGUACAUUGGGGAAAAGAGUGCAUGGUGGUGGUAAAGAAGAAGCAAAACCCUUGAUACAGUUAUUUCUUGAAGAUCUUACUAGGACAAACAAUUCUUCCAAAUCAGGUCCACAGUCCAAGUCUAAGCUUUAUGUUGAAAGCUGUAAAGUCCUAAAGGAAGGUGAUAAAGAAUAUUUAUCAUGGAAAAAUAAUAGAGAACAAUUAACGAGAUUACGCAAAGAGCAAGCAUUUUGUUGUGAUUGUAAAACUACAACUUCGCCAAUGUGGUGGAAAGAAGAUAAACCUGAUGGGGGCAUAAACUAUCGCUGCCAAUCAUGUUACCACACUAAGAACGAUCUGGAAAAAGAUGAAAACGAUUCAGAUGGAGGUUUAGUAGAGAAUUUAGAUUCUCCAUUGAAUGGUGUAUUUUAUGGGAUAGAAGACUUGACGGACAAUGUAAGCGCCGUAUUUAUACCUCGCUCUAAAGUGAGUAGAGAGAAGAAGGUUAUUGCAGAGGUCUCCCGUUCGAAGAUUUCUCUUGGAGAUAUCUUAGGUUAG